AUAAUAAUUUCCUUACCACCUCAUUAUUAUUCUCUCUCUUUUUCCUCUUCACCCAAUUUUUCGUAUCCAUCCUUUACUUUCCAAUUCAUAGUUUGUUAAGCCAAAUCCCAAUUUUAUUAAUCAACCAAAUUUAGGGUUCACCAUUUUUCAAUUUCCAUAUUUCUCUCUCAAUCAACAAAUUUCAUCAUGAUCUUAUUUUCCCGGGAAAAUCCCUCUUUCUUUUUUAUCAAUCAAUCCCUUCUUUUUCCUUGUUCAAUUUCUUGUACAAUUCCGAUUUCUUAGGUUUUCAUAAUCGAAUCCGUGAUCCCCAUAUUUCAAUUUGGGAAAAAUUCGAUUUCUUUCUAUUUUGGUUUAUUUUGUAAUUAUUUUUGGUAAUUGUGAAUUAGGUUAUUGUGAAUUUGUAAUUGAUUAUCUGAUUUAGAAGUGAGUUAUGCAUAUAGAGGAAUUGAAGGGAGGUGAGGUGGUGGUAGAAGGUGGAGAGGAAGGAAAAUGGAGUUUUGUUGGUUCUGAUCCGAAAAGGGUUUUGGUUGGAGCAGGCGCUCGAGCGCUAUUUUAUCCCACGCUUGUUUAUAAUGUUGUUAGGAAUAGGCUUCAGGCUGAAUUUCGAUGGUGGGAUAAGAUUGAUGAGUUCAUAUUGUUAGGUGCUGUUCCAUUUCCUAUCGAUGUUCCUCGCUUGAAGGAUCUUGGUGUUCGUGGGGUCAUCACUUUGAAUGAGCCAUAUGAGACUUUAGUUCCAACCACAUUAUAUCAUGCUCAUGGAAUUGAUCAUCUGGUGAUUCCUACUAGAGAUUACUGCUUUGCUCCACAACUAAAUGACAUUCGCCGUGCUGUUGACUUCAUACACAAAAAUGCAUUAUCUGGACGCACUACAUAUGUCCACUGCAAAGCUGGACGGGGUCGCAGCACAACUAUCGUUAUUUGUUAUCUGGUGCACCACAAACUGAUGUCACCUGAUGCUGCAUAUGAAUAUGUGAAGUCAAUUCGUCCAAGGGUGCUUCUAGCUUCUGCUCAGUGGCAAGCUGUCCAGGAAUACUACCGCCACCUUAUUGUGAGGAGGGCUGUUGGAUUUGCACCCGCAGCUGAACUAUUUGUAAAGGCUUCUGAGUUUGCAGCAGCUUCACAAGAUCUUGUACCUUUUGAUGACAAUUCUGUAGUUGUGGUAACAGAGCAAGAUCUCGAAGGAUACGACCCAAGUUGUCAAUCAGAUACCACGGCAAGAGAAAUAUGGGCAGAUUUAAGUGUUGUUUACCGUGUGCGAGUUGCUGGACAGGCAGCAUUGGCUAGAAUAUCAUGCCUUUGGUUGCGAUAUGGUACCGACCAGAAGAUAUCUGCGGGAAAACUGAGCAUGGAAAACAGUUGCUCAAUCAGAACUAAUCACUUGGGAGAAAUUAAUGUUGAUAUCCAUGUGUACUGAAAAAGCAGCCUCUAAGUUUGACACGUGUCCCUCUGUUAGGCCCAAUAAUAAUUCAUGUAUGACGGGGCUGAGUCUAUUACUCGUGUUUUCUUCAUCUGUAUAUAUUCUCCGCUACUUUGUUCAUUUGAAAGCAAAUGAUGAGUGUCAUACAGGUCAAUUAAUGGAUGUGCUUCCUUUAUAUAAUGUGCUAAUAAUGAGUUAGUUUUGGGAAGUAUUUCCGUUGCUAGAUAGUUUUGCGAUAUGUCAGUUACUCAAAAAAAUUGGCAGAUUUGUUUUGAGGUUCACUCUUGUGAAUACAAACAUGUUGUUGCUCA